AUAGUAGGAGCACUAGUAGGUAGUAGGCUGGGCCACUGGGAUGUCGGGGCUUAUCUCCUGAAUCGGAUUCCUGUGUCUGAAACUCUCGGGAUGAAAAAAGUGGCAACGACCUCAAGUCGGAGUUCUUGUCAUGGCAGGCAUCGGUAGUGACCACCACUGCACUCAGGAAGGUGCAAAAUGACAGCGGGCAUUCAACCUGAGAUUUUAAUUUCAUGACCGACGUUCGGAGUCAACGAGGUUUUUUCAACCCUUGUUCGCGUCCGUGCUGUGUACUAGGCUCUAGGACUCUCUGCACUGUCGCAAUACUGCAUACUCCAUCAACACCCAAUUGAUGCAUCGGGCUCUACUCGUUUGCGAAAUCCUCCUGGAGAUAUGCACGCAUGUGAAAGUAAAUCAAGGCCGCAAGAACAAGUCAUUGGUGCGGACAUCCCUUGCAGCACUUGCAACGACAUGCAAAACAUUCCACGAACCCGCGAUGAACGAGCUUUGGGCUGACAUACAUGGAUUAAUUCCACUGCUAGGCUGUGUAACAAGGUUGCGUCCAAUAAUAUACUGUACAGAGACACAGCACUCCUGGCAUGACCCUGCUUACUUAGGCGGCCUCGAACCAUUAUCGGAGAAUGAAGCCCGCGAAUUCUUGCGUCACGCUGCCCGUGUGCGCUCAAUGAAUCUCGAUCUAGCGUCUCAGCGCAAUUUUCGCCUUCUCUCAGUCCUCCCCAAGGAGACAUGCAUGUUCCCAAGACUGCAGUCGUUGGUCAUGGAUAUUCGUCCGACUAGAUACUUGCAUCUCUUCCUGUCUCCCACGCUGCGUCGUUGUGUCCUACCGGACAUUUAUCCGGGUUUGACAUUGAUUGUGACCCAUUGUGCUGCUUUGGAGCACUUAUGUAUUAUGGACUCCGGGAAAACCACAGCACAUAAGCUAUCCCUGCAAUCUGACAGUGUCCGUAUGUGCGAGCGGCUUGUAGCACUGUCUUGUCCACCCCUCAACUGGGCAGCAUGGGAGCACCUGUCCAACCUCCUUACUCUUGUCGCAGUCACGGUUAAUAUGGAGAAUAUAGUCCCUUCCCCAUCGGACCUCAAUAAUGUCAACUUCGGAUCUUUCCUCAACCUCACAACUCUUUGUUUCAGAGCAGACACGGCUGCAUACAUCACAACACUCAUGCAACACUCAGAAUUCCCUUCGCUGAAGAGAUUUGGGCUUGCUGUCGAUAAAUUGCCUUGGGCAGAGGCUAAACGGCUUUUUCUUGCGAUGUCCCAAUGCAUAGCAUCACAGACCCUUGAAGACAUUACCAUCAGGUCAUACAUUCCAGGAGUUCAGGAUCCCUUGGGCAACUCGUUGACAGCAAUCACACAAUUCUGUCCUUGUACGCAGCUCCGAACCCUAGAACUUGAUUUUCCUUAUUGCUGCGCCCAACUUGACAACGACCUUCUUUUCGAAGCCAUGUCGUGUUGGCCACACAUCCGCUCGCUGAAGUUGGAAGACUGGCGUUAUCAUCAAGCUACCAUCACCUUCCGUGGACUAUUCGCAGCGCUCCGUCAAUGUCUCCAUUUGGAUGAACUCAGUAUCUUAAUGGACACUGUGAAUAUCGACAUUGACCCUGCGGCGGAGACGUUUCGGCAUACAUCUCUACAAACAUUGUAUGUGGGCACCGCUCAGGUAGAAGAUACAGAAGCUGUUGCUCGUAUCAUCUUCUCUAUGCUCCCUUGCGUCGACGAGGUCGACAUCAGCCCCAGCGGCCACACGAACGCGUGGCGCGAGGUCCAGGAGCAUCUUAAUCGUUUCAAAUCUUCCUCGGUCCUCGAUGACUGAUGACCAUAUCACAGGUUGCCAUCAAUACUUAGAACUUAAAAUAUGGGAGGUGGAGACGAACAAGGGAGAUCUGCAAUGGAUGUCUCUACUGUAGAUCACCGAUACCUACGCCAUCACAGUUCAAACUCCAGACCACAGAUGCAGACGAUAUUUUGGUGGUGCUAUUACUAGCUGUCACUAGCUGCUGGCCGUUCUAACCCAAGCUGAGCAUUUCA